AUGACUGUGUACGAACGGUGCGUCGAGGCAAGCUGUAGAGACGGCGAAAAGAGCCUAUACCCUCCUAGCAGAAUACAAUUAGGCAGGGCAGGUUGGUUACUAUUGCAUUCUAUUUCAAUCAAUCAUAAUAUUACAAAUGAGGAGAUCGAGACUGCAGCUUGGCUCUACUCUUUUGCCGCGUUGUAUCCAUGUCAUGUAUGUAGGGAUUCUUUGUAUAGCAUUUACAAAAAAAUGCCACCAAGUGUAAAUACACAAGAAAAUCUCAUAUUAUGGGCCUGUGAAAUACAUAACAAAGUAAACGAUGAACUAUCCAAACCAAUACUUGAUUGUAAUAUUCAGGAUCUAAGGAAAAUGUACUGUAGUAAACAUUGA